UGUCCUGUUUCGACGUUUCAAGUUUCCGGUGUGGUCUCACUCUUUAACACUUCAAAAUGGCUGAUCAGACUGCCAAGUCCUUUCAGAAACAACCAACAGUUUUCCUUAAUAGGAAGAAGGGUUUGUCCAAAGGACGUAAGUCAUUAAGAUACACUCGUAAUGUAGGGCUUGGUUUCAAAACCCCUCGCGAGGCCCUUGAAGGAACUUACAUUGACAAAAAAUGUCCAUUCACUGGCAAUGUUUCUAUAAGAGGACGUAUCCUAACUGGUGUUGUACAAAAGUUAAAAAUGCAAAGGACUAUUGUUAUUAGGAGGGAUUAUUUGCAUUACAUUAGGAAAUAUAAUCGUUUUGAAAAAAGACAUCGUAAUAUGAGUGUUCACCUCAGCCCAGCCUUCAGAGACGUUGAAAUUGGUGAUGUUGUUACUAUUGGAGAAUGCAGACCACUCAGUAAAACUGUUAGAUUCAAUGUUUUGAAGGUUUCCAAAGGAACUGGAGCCAAAAAAAGUUUCACUAAAUUUUAGAUUUUUUAAAAUCAACUGUAACAUCUGAAGAACAAUAAGUUAUAUUGAAUUCAACAUCCAAUUGUAAGUCCUGUAUGCUUUAUACAGGAAAACCAGUUUAAUGUAAAGACCAUGCAUUACAUUAAUAAAUCACUUAAGAAAAUC